CUGUUCGCUUAGAUUCAACUCGCAAGAACCGAAGCGAGUAUUCGCUAUGGCCGUGAAAGAUCAGCUUCUGUCGGACAUAUCUAUCAUCUUUAUAUGAAACUCAUGUGCAGCGUCCCUUCCUUCAGGUCAGGAAUAUUCCUUGAUUACAUGGCUACUCUGUCGGUAGCCACUGCCGUAGGAUGGGUUAUUUCUCCUGUUAUUGGAAGGAUGGUUUCUUUGGUGCAGUCCUAUAUGUCCAGCCAGUACAACUGGGAAUCUGAGAUUGCAUCUGAUCUCAAGAAUUUGGAGGCCACUUUAAUGGAUAUACUCAUCGUAGUUGGUGCAGCUGAAAGGCAAACUGUAGUGGACACAAAUCAGAUACUUUUAUUGCGGAAAAUGAAGGAUGCAGUCUCUGAUGCAGAAGAUGUCUUGGAUGAGUUUGAUUAUAUGCUUUUAAAAGAAAAGGUUGAGCAGAAAGGACUGCUCAGACGCAUAGCCUCAUCUUCUCUCUCUAUUGUUAAACGUUUGGUCAACAUUGACAAGUUUCGGUCAAAUUUGCGGAAGGUCCUCAAAAUCUUGGAAACGGUUAGAUCUUCUGCAGACAUGAUUAUCCGAGUGAUGGCAUUGGAGAGCUCUAACACCAGUCAGUCUCUUGCAUGUGUCCCAACAAGAACAACAGGACCUGUUUUGCAUGAAGAUGCAAUUUUUGGGCGAGAAAAGGAGAUUGAUGAGUUAGUAGGUCAACUGGUGAAUCAAUUUGAUGAAUGUUCCCUGAACCGUGAACAAAAUUAUAGGACAGAUGUUCACACUAUUGUUGGUGUUGGGGGCAUUGGCAAGACUACUCUGGCUCAACUUGUCUGUAACAAUGAGAAAAUAGUUGAUACUUUUGACCUGAGAAUGUGGGUUUGUGUUUCCAAGAAUUUUGACAAAAUCAGACUUAUCAAAGAGAUCAUAGCAUGCGCAACUGUUGGUGAGAAUGCUGAACUGGCCAAUUUCAAUUUCAGCAUGCUCCAGACAGAACUUCAACGAAGACUCUCUUACAAGAGAUUUCUCUUAGUGUUGGAUGAUGUGUGGUAUGAUGAGAAAUAUGGAGAACACAUCAACAAAGAGAUGUGGACGGACUUAAUUGCUCCCAUAAAAAAAUCAGAAAGCAUUUACUCCCAAAGAACAGGGAGAGGAAUGAUAGGAAGCAAGAUUCUAGUGACAACCCGAACAGCAUUGGUUGCAAAAAUGCUGGAUUCUAGAAGCUUGUUCAUUUUAGAAGGUCUGGGAAGAGAUGAUAGUUGGUUACUGUUCAGACGGUGUGCAUUUGGAAACAAGAAGCCAGAAGAUUAUCCAGAGUUGGGGAGAAUUGGAGAUCAAAUUGUUCAGAAACUUAAAGGCUCACCUUUGGCAUUGAAGGUUAUUGGAGCGCAUUUGAAUGACAAGAACAGGGAUGCAGAGUGGGAGGAUGUUCUUCACAAAAGUGUACUCAAUCCAAACGAUAUUUUGACGAUCUUACACUUAAGUUAUGAAAGCUUGCCAGAGCACCUUCAACAGUGCUUUGCAUAUUGUAGUUUAUUCCCAAAAGAUUGUCGUAUUGAUCCAAAUAGAUUGAUCUGGAUGUGGAUAGCACUGGGCCUUGUUCAUCAAGAAGGAAAUAUCAGUAGAAGCUUGGAAGAUAUUGGAAGGGGCUAUUUCAAUGAUUUGUUAGCUCGGUCAUUUUUCCAAGUGCUCCAGUGUGGAGAUCGAACAUAUUACAUUAUGCAUGAUUUAAUGAAUGACCUGGCACUUCAUGUUUCCCGUGGGGAAUGCUUUAGGAUUGACCAUGGCAGCAUUGGAGUGUUACCUCAUUAUAUCAGACAUUUGUCUGUUUCUGCUGACCAACUGGGAGAUCUUGUGAACUAUGAUGACCUUGGAAGAUUGCGUACAUUUGUAGUUCUGAAUGAUUCUUGGUUCUGUUCCAAAGUCUCUCUGAGUCAUGAUAUACUCAGUAAACUCAAGAGUGUGCGGGUGCUGGAUGUAAGCGGAUGCUGCUUUGAAAGUUUGCCUGAAUCUGUCAAUGAUCUGUUGCACCUGCGCUAUCUAGCCAUCCGACGCACUUAUUACGCACUGCCUAUAACAAUCUCCAGACUCAAUCAUCUACAGGCCUUGUUUGUGCGGUAUCAUUCAUGUAACUCUUCGAGGAUAUCUUUCUCAAAUAAGAGAAAACAAUUGAAAUAUUCAAGGGGGGAAGUGAACACUACUGGAGAUCAUUUCAGUCUUCCUAAAAGCGUUAGCAGCCUUAUUAACCUGGUGCAUGUCGAUGUGGAGAAGGCUUACACUCUCAUGUUAUCGGGUAUGCAUCAGCUUCCUUGUGUUGAGGGUUCCGGAGCGUUUAUUGUUAACAAGAAGGAGAAAAGUUUGGUCCAACUGCAGGAUCUGAACAAGAUACGGGGAGAGCUUGCUGUUAGGUUGCUAGAGAAUGUAAAAAAUAGGGCUGAGGCUGCUAAGUCUAAUCUACACUUGAAGGAGCACAUAUCUAAGUUGGAGCUAGAAUGGGGAUCAUGUGAUGGUGCUCAUGAUAUGGACAAGGGCUUUGAGGUGCUUGAUGUAUUAAAGCCACACCGCAAUCUUGAUGAGCUAACUAUCAGUGGUUAUCCAGGUGUCAAUUCUCCUUCUUGGCUGGAGUCUAAUUGGCUGAGAAAAUUGAAAUUUAUCUGUCUACGAGAUUGUAAUAGAUGGGAGGUCCUUCCACCUUUGGGGGAUCUCACAUUACUCAGAACUCUCGAAGUGCGGAGAAUGGAUGAACUAAAAGCACUCGGUCAGGAGUUCUUUGGCCAUGCUGGAUUUCCUUCUUUGGAGACGUUGUCACUGGAGCGCUUACCCAAAUUGGAGUGGUGUCUUGUUGACAAUGAUAAAGUAUUACAGAAUCUCAAAGACCUAUUUGUUGCUGGCUGUCCACGGCUAAGAGCAUAUCCCACCCAUCCUCGUACACUCAGACAUAUAGCUGUACUUGACCAGGAAAGAAUCUCAGUUAAGGCUAGGAUGUAUAGUGUUGACCUAUCAAGAUCGUUUUGUAGCCUGCUAUCAAGCUCCAUCCAUGUCUUGCAUGCUCAUCAUCUAGAGUUUGUAGAAGAUAUGGAUAUCUAUGUAAACAGUUUGGUAGACACGCAAACCACAGUCUUUAAUAAUCUGAAAUCACUCAAACAGUUGAAAAUUCAUGGCGGCAAGCCAGCGUAUUAUACCUGCUCCGUAAUUGCUAGAUUGUGGGAGGAGAAUGGGGACACUGUACUCCCUUCAUCACUUAGUUUGCUUGAGUUGUGUCGGUGCUACCUGCAACCAUCCUCUUUCAUCAAACUGCUGAAUAAUAUCUCAUCUCUUCAUACACUAACCCUACAAGACUGUAACACUGUUGAGGUGCCUAGUGUACCUCUAAGCCUGCACCACUUGAGGAUGCUGAAACGGCUGAAGAUUCAUAAUUGUGACUGGAUAUCAUCCAUUGAGGGAUCAGAAGCACUGUUAUCCCUUGAAGAGAUAACGAUAAAUCAAUGUUAUGACUUGGAAUCUGUACCGUACUUAGAUGACAUGCCGUGUCUUCAGAAACUACAUUUGUCUCGGUGCCCUCAAGUUAUGCAACUGUCCAAAGCAGGCCACCAGACAACACUGAAGGAGCUGGUUGUAAGAUCUUGCGAUGGGCUAUCAUCUCUGCAUAAGUUGUGUGACCUUGUUUCCCUUGUGAAGCUUUCGGUUACUGAUUGCUCUGAUUUAUUGUGGCUUCCUGAUAUGGGUGGCUUUUAUUCGCUUCGGUGUCUCAGUAUUGUUCGGUGCCCCCUGCUGAUGUCACUACCGCGGAGCGGUCUUCCUGUAUCACUUGAAACAUUUUUCCUGUCUGGAUGCCAUCAAGCACUGGAGGAGCAGUUUCAGCAGAAGGAAGGUCCAGAUUGGAGUAAGUUUGCGGCCCUUCCAGGAUGCACGUGGGACUGUGCAAGGUCUAGGCGGUAA